GUGCUGCAAAUGGUAACAACAGUAAUGCUAAUGGGGUCAAGAAAGGUGGAAUGAAUGAUGGAUUUCAUGGCAUGCCUAACAUCAUGGGUAUGAAUGCUGCUGGCAGCGUGGGCCAGAUGGGGAAUAUGCCCAUGGGCCAAAUGGGUCAGAUGGGUAAUUUAUCAGCCGUCCCUGGCCUACCUGCUUCGAUGAAUGGAGGCGGUGGUGGUGGUGGUGGAGCUCCUGCCGCUGCAGGAUACAUCCAAGGUGCUGGCCCUGAGAUGAUGGCCGGCAAUCAGCACUACCAACAGCAAUUGGCAGCAAUGAUGAUGAACCAGCAACGUGCCAAUGGAAAUGAGAGGUUUCAGCCAAUGAUGUACGCUCGGCCUCCACCUGCCGUCAAUUACAUGCCUCCAUAUCAACCUUACCCUUACCAGUACCAGUACCCAUACCCCCCUCCCCCAGGUGAUCGGACUGAGCAAUACUCGAUGUUUAGUGAUGAAAACACAUCAAGCUGCAAUGUGAUGUGAGUCGGGCAAACCUGAAUUUCCCGAUUUUUCGUGGUUUUGCAUGAACCUGGUCCUGAUGCCAUUAAUACAUGGGAAUGGUUUUACUUUGAUUCUUGUUUCCUUUUAAAUCCUAAGUUUAGUUCAGUUUUUUCUUCAUAGGGAGUAGUAUUAUCAUAGAUCAUAUAAUAUUAAAGCUUUGGAAAAUGAGAUGCAAGUGGGGGAUGGAUGGAUUGUGCUGGUUUUGCUCAAGAGAUGUUUAUAUAUGUUUAUAUUUUGGAAAAAGAAAUAAAUUUCAAGAGAACGGGAAUUUAAUGAGAACAAUGUCCCGUCUAUUUCCCAGUGUUA